CUAUCCACUCUCUCUCUCCCACACGUGGACGUUUUCUCCCUUUCUGAGAGCCUCAAGAAUUCUCUUUGAACAGACUUGUUUGGUUCAGUAGCAGGCUGUUUAAAUUAAGCCACGUGUAUACUAUUAACUAAUCAUAAAUCUUUCAUAUUUAGAAGUGUAAUUUAUUUAGCAUUUGAUUCAUGGGUCAACAGCAAUCCAAAGAAGAAUUACUGUAUCAACAAGUCAUUGAAGGAAACAUUGAAGCUAUCAAAGCUAUUCACAACAAUGGUGCAAGUCUUGAGUGGAUCGAUAAAGAAGGAAAGACACCAUUGAUUGUAGCGUGCAUGAAACCGAAUGGCUUGAAUGUUGCAAAAGCUUUAGUUGAGCUUGGAGCUAACGUCAAUGCUUACCGGCCAGGAUAUCAUGCUGGAACUGCAUUACAUCAUGCAGCUAAGAGAGGUUUGGAUGAUACAGUUCGAUUACUUCUUUCCUAUGGGGCAAAUCCGUUGAUCAAGAAUGAUGGUUGCCAAACUCCACUCGAAGUUGCUCGAGCAAAGGGUUUUAGCAAUGUUGUUCGUACUAUUGAGAGACAAAUCUGCAUUUUCUCGGGCUGGAUGAGGGAGUUCUAUGGUCCAGGGUUUCUUGAAGCUUUAGCUCCUCAAUUGUUAUCUAGAAAAAUUUGGGUUGUAGUAAUACCUUGCGGUAUAGCUGAUCCUACGAAGCCUAUUAAAUUGGAGCUGGCGAUUUACUCAUCCUUAGAGGACGCCCAGCCUCGUAAUGUUAUCGCCUUAUGGAAGGCUAACGUUGAAGAGAUAAGGUGGCAACAUUCAGAUCCUGUGCUGACAAUAUUUGACAAUACCAGCAACACUCGAUAUAAGUUUACAUCAAUGAGCGAUUCCGAGCAGCAACAACUUCAAUUGUUACACAAAGCAUGUAAUGCUGCAACAGAGGUUCUGCCUCCCCGCUUAUCACAAAAUAGCCAAACUACAGUGCAACAAUCUGAAACUGCUGCACAAGCAAUGGAAUUAGCAAUUGGAAUCAAUGCUUCUAUUCAUUCUGCUAAAGAAAAUAAAGUUCUCCAUCGUCAUGGACAAAGCUCUGGUGUAAAAAAUGAAAAUGAUUGGUGUAAUACCACAGAUGAUACUGCGCACAACGGAUGGGGUUCACUUGUUAGGGCCCAGCCUACAUCUGAAAUUACUUACCAUGGGUGGACGGAUGACCACAUUAAGGUUCAAGAAAAUGGAUGGGGAAAUACUGCAGAUGUAUCCAGUCAAAGACAACACAACGCACUUCCUAGAUCAACCUCCACUGAACUAAGCUGCAGUGGAUGGAAUGAUGGACCUGCCCUAGAAGAGUACAAUGGCUGGGCUGUGCCCCAGCCUCGGCCGGGACAUAGAGAUGCCUCCGCCGAAGUUCAUUAUCAAGGAUGGGGAAAAACUGCAAAGGACAGUGCACUUCCUUCAAUAAGCAACACAACAUCCUCAGGAGUCAGUAGCUGUGAAACGAUGGACAAGACAAACAAUGCACCUGAAUAUACGCCCAUUAACUAUCUUGUUGAAAAUACUGAAACUCAAGAGGGAAAUCCUACUUUUGAUGUUGUGGCCCCUUCAGCUCCACCAGUUCCAGAUGAGGUUGUACAUGAAGAGGCGGUUCAUUAUCCGGCCAUAGAUCUUAGUCCGUUGAACUUGUCGAUUCCUCCUGGAGAGCAAGCAGCUUCUGUUACAACUGAAAGGGAAAAUAAACAUGAGCCUGCAUUGUGCAUAAUAUGUUGGGAAGCUUCUGUUGAAGGAGCUUGUGUACCUUGUGGUCACAUGAUUGGCUGCAUGCAGUGUUUGAACCAGAUUAAUUCCAAGAAAGGCGAGUGCCCUGUUUGUCGAGUAAAGAUUGACCAUGUUAUAAAGCUCUACAGUGUUUGAGGAUGAGGUAUAGCAUGUCACGAGCAGAUGAGCUAGUUCGACUUUUGCUCUCCAGUAGUUCGACAAGAGUGGGUUGCUCUAGUGGUGAGCACCCUACACUUCGAACCAAGAGGUUGUGAGUUCGAGUCGCCCCAAGAGCAAGGUGGGGAGUUCUUGGAGGGAGGGAUGCCGGGGAUCUAUUGGAAACAGCCUCUCUACCCCAGGGUAAGGGUAAGGCCUGCGUAUACACUACCCUCCCCAGACCCCACUGGUGUUGUUGUUGUUGUUGUAUAUUAUGGUGAGGCUCCAUUUUAUGUUCGUGAUAGCAUUGUAUCUUUUUUCUCUGUAGCAGCGGUUGUCCCGGUUAUUUUAUUUGUGUCAUAUAGGCUUCAUAUAUAUAGACAGUUGUGUUAGGUUGUAACUAUAGUUACAUACACUACAUGUUCGAAAGAAACAUCGAUUAUUUUUUAUUUUCAUUAUUUAUAUAGGAACCCAUAAACUUGUCCGGAGAA